AUGGCCGAGCCUGGAGAACAGCUGCCGGAGGAGGUGCUGGCGCUCAUCUUCCGCCACCUGCCCCUGCCCGACCGCGCUGCUGCAGCGAGGGUCUGCAGAGCUUGGGCUGCCGCUGCCACCUGCAGCGCUGUGUGGCACGACACGAGCAUCAGUUGCGACUGUGAGCUGGAAGGCAUGCUGCCGCCGUAUCUGUCCGCCUGCCUGGACCACAUUCAGAAUCUAUGGCUGGAAUUUGAGCCGUCGAGGAAGUCGAGUCGCCGGGCGGCCACGGAGUUACUGACUGCACUGACGGGCCGUACCCCCGGGCUGCGAGGCCUGUGCCUGGAGUGCCGCGGAGAAAAGCCGCUCUUCGACGCCGGCCGCGACGUCCUGGACGCGGUGCACGCCCUCUGUGGGGCGGCCCGCGCGCUGCGCCACCUCGACCUGCGACGCCUGCCCUUCUCACUGGACGACGCGCUGGUGCUGCAGGUGGCACACGGUUGUCCGGAGCUCCGCAGCCUUUUCCUGGAUAACAGAACGCUGGUGGGCAGCGUGGGGCCGGGCUCCGUGCUCGAGCUACUACAGGCCUGCCCCUUCCUGUGCGCCCUUGGCCUGCACCUGGCCAGCCUGUCGCGCACCGCGCUCGAGGCACUGGCGGCGCCAGAGCGCGCGCCUUUCGAGCUCCUCGCCCUGCGGUGCGCGUGUCCGGAAGACGCACGCGCGCCCCCCCUGCCUGAUGAAGCCUGGGCCGCGUUGAGCCGCCGCCACCCGGGACUGGAGGUAGAGCUGGAGCUAGAGCCGGUGCUGCCUGCAGAGAGCGUGACGCGCGUCCUGCAGCCAGCCGUACCCGUGGCUGCGCUGCGCCUCAGCCUCUCUGGGGACACCGUAGGCCCAGUGCGCUUCGCGGCGCGCCACUACGCCGCAACCUUGCGCGCGCUUGAGGUGCGCGCCGCCGCCUCGGCAGAGCUGGACGCCGCACUGGAGGAGCUGGCAGCGCGCUGCGCGGGCCUGCGCGAGGUACACUGCUUCUGCGUGGUGCGACCUUCCGUGCUGCACGCCUUCCGCGCGCGCUGCCCGCGCCUGCGCAGCUACACGCUCAAGCUAACGCGGGAGCCCCAUCCCUGGAGGCCCACGCUUGUGGCGUGA